CUGCAGCAAAAUGCUCGGGUGCCCCAAUUUGGAAAGUGGGAGAAUGAUGGCAGUGUUCCCUAUACACAAUAUUUUGAGAAUGCCCGAAAAGGAAAGAAUGCAACAAAGCUGUUCAAUCCAAAUGAUCCCCUUCAAAAUCCAGAAGCGUUUCAACAGGAGGGUCCUCUAAUUCAUACCUAUCCACCAUCCAGUCAAGGAUCGGCAAAGGCGAAACAUGAGCGACGAAAGAGUCGAGAAGAUGCUGACAGGAACCAAGCUUCAAAAUACACGAGUGCAGAAGCCUUGCCAUCUCACAAGCUUGUCUCAGGUUCACCAAACAGGCGUCAUGAUCAAGGAAAUUUGGGUCAUCCCCCUAGGAAGCAAAGUCAGAGUAAUGUCGAAUCUGAUCACAGCACCGACCGCUCUCCUGUUCAUCCUCAUCUUCAUUACAGAUCAUCAAGCAAAGGUACGAUUUCUUCUCCUUCUAGAGAAAGGAGAUCCUCAUCAGAUAAGCAUGGACUUGCUCCCAACACUCCAGGAAGGACUAAAAUGAAGCCUAGUGAUCGCAACGAUUAUUCGGUUGAUAAAGGCUCGGCUGUGCCAAAAUUUGGUGAAUGGGAUGUGAUGGAUCCUGCAUCAGCUGAUAGCUACAGUUACAUAUUUAACCAAGUGAGGGAGGAGAAACAUAGUGGUUCUACUAAGAUCCCUUCGAAUUCCCGUGAGUCAAAAUCCAACGGUCAAAAGAAAAGGGUCAACUCUGAAUCCACG